UUAAGCUUGUUCACGCGCCUGCGAUUAAAAAGCAAAGAAGUAGAAUAAAUGGAGGAAAUUGGAGCGCAGUCAAAACUGAAACAGACACAUCAGCAUGCUGCAGGAAAACAAUGACCAGCUUCAGCUCCAGAUCUGUUGGUUAUGAGUGUGGAUGAUGGAGGAGGACAAUCAAUGUGGGGACUUGGACUACCUCAUCCAAGACGAGGACACCCUGAUCGAGGGCGUCAGCAACCAGGUCUUGUUUGUUGUGGUGCUCAGCGUGGCCUUCCUCGCCGGGCUGCUCACGCUGCUCUGCAGAGAAGAGCAGCAGAACAUCCAUCCUGAGAAUCAGGAGCACGUUCGAGCUGUCCGACAACAGCUCCAAACAGAGCAGGAUGAAAAUCCCCAGGAAGAGACCAGGCAUCAGUACUACACUGACAUGUCAUGUCCAGUGUGUUUGCAGCAGGCUGUUCUGCCUGUGGAAACCAACUGUGGACAUCUUUUCUGUGGCUCCUGCAUUAUAGCCUACUGGAGGUUUGGCACCUGGCUGGGUGCCAUUAACUGCCCCAUCUGCAGACAAAUAGUCACUUUGCUCUUCCCGCUCUUCCAUGAGCACGCGUCCCCUCAGAGGGUCCAAGAUGGCGAGGCGGUACCUCAGCUUAUAUUGAGAGACAUCAAUGAUUACAACCGCAGAUUCUCCGGCCAGCCUAGAUCUUUCAUGGACAGGCUGCGGGACGUGCCCACCCUGCUCCGUCACGCCUUCCGGGAGAUGUUCUCCGUGGGCGGUCUCUUCUGGAUGUUCAGGAUCCGAAUCCUGCUCUGCCUGGUCGGUGCCCUCACCUACUUGGCCUCGCCGCUCGACAUCCUCCCAGAGGCCCUUUUCGGACUCCUGGGCUUCAUGGACGAUUUCUUUGUCAUCCUGCUGCUCUUCGUGUACAUCUCCAUCAUGUACCGAGAGGUGGUCACGCAGAGACUCAACGGCUAGCCGACCGCUCUUCAUGGAGGCCUUAGCUUGCUUUGUGUAAAAAUGAGGUGGAGAGAAUCGAUCGUAUGAGGUAGAAUUGUUAAAAAGUUAAUAAAUGUUCAAAGUGCAGUUCAUCCACAGUGGUCGUUUCCUCUGCAUCAACACGGGGCAAUUUUGUUUAACAAGACGUCUAAAUGUUGUUACUAUUGAUGAUUCGUAGACUAACUGAGUCAAAUGAAAUGUAUUUAAAGGGGACCGUCUAUGGCUUAAUCCUUUGAAACACGUUUUAUCGUAAUGAGGCUGGCGACAAACUACAAGCACUCAGUGAUGUGUGUCAGUGGUCUCAUCAUCUCUCGAAGGACAGAAUCCAGAAUAUGAAAGAAAAGCCCUAAAUAUAAAUUCAACAGGUCCCCUUUAAAAACUAACAUCGCCCACUUUAAGGCACAAAGUAUUUCCGAAGCACAAUCUCACCGUGGCUCCUGCAGCCUGUUUGAAGAUGCAUUAUACUUGUAACUAUGCAUUUUGAUGACUUACUUGAAAAAACGCAAUGCUUUGUUGUGCUUGUUCGAAAAUCACUCAAUCACUUAACCUGCAGAAGUUUACAUUUAUUGAUCAAAUGUGAUGCGAUCCAAAUCUUUAUCUGUGCACUUUUGGACGUAGAACGACCUGCGUGAUAACAUUGUGGAAGAUAUAAACAAUCAGUUGUUCUGAAGAAGGAGCCAAAGCAAAGAUCUCAAGAGAGGAAAAAGUGGAUCCAUUUGAAUGCAAGCGCACUAAAACUAUGAAUGUUCACUCAUUGUUUCAAGUUUACCUCAAUGUUAAUUCUGGUGUUUGUUCACUGUACAGAUUUCAUGAUGAUAGUAGAUAGAACUUUCUCCAGAUUUUGCAUCUUUUGAAAAUCUAAAAUUUGAAUGUUGCUAUCUUGUUGCAUUCAGAGGAAUGAGAUUGUGUACAAUAUGUCUUUUAAAGUUGCAUAUUUGCUUGGAAAAGGUGUCGUUUUCUUGAGAAUUUAAAUUAAAUAACUGAGUUCAG